AUGUACGACGUAAUUCAUCUCGACGCAAAAUGGUUUUACAUGACACGAUCGUCCCAGCGAAUUUACCUGUCUCCUAACGAGCCGGCGCCGCUCCGAAGAUGUAAAAGCAAGCGUUUUAUCGGCAAGUUGGACAUCUGGUCUUUCGUGGAACGGACGUUCGCGCAGCGGACCAACAAGAGUCGCCUGGUUGGAAAUGUUGAGCUCAAGCCAGUAACUGCCGUGAAGAGAGCGGAGUACGUCGACAUGUUGCUGGAAAACGUCAUUCCUGCGAUCACCGCCAAGUUUCCGCGUCGCAGCCAACGCGGAGCUAUUUACUUACAACAGGACAAAGCGCGGCCUUACGUCAAGGAAGAUGACCCGCUCGUGAGUGAGGCUGGCCGCCAGUUGCGCCUUAAACUACGCGCAAUGUGCCAGCCUCCUAAUAGCCCGGAAUUUAACGUGCUGGAAUUAGGCUAUUUUCGAUCUAUCCAGACACUACAGCACUAA